AUGCUGCAGCCUGCGUCUGCCAGUGCAUGGCUGCCAGCGCUGCCGGCGCUGCUGGUGCUGGCGCGGCUGGGAGCGCUCGUGUGUGGACAGGACGCCUGCGCGUACGUUCACUCAGGAUCACAAAUGGGAGUGCCUUAUCACUUGGCUGUGACAUAUUUAUUUCCCGGAGUGGCUGACUGGAAUAUUAUAGUCCCACGGCCCCCGGAGUGCGCGCGCGGUUACGUGGCGGGCCACGAGACGCGGGUGUGCGACCACGACGCGGCGCCGCGCCUGCGCGUCACGCCGCAGGGCGCACUGGUGGAGCGCUCCGGUUGGCUGCGUGGGGUUGCCGCCGUCUACUGCACCGUGUUCUGUGUGUUCCCGCCUCGGCUGCAGUCUCGACUGCCGGAGCUGCCACAGCUGCCCGCAGUGCCAAGCCGGUCCAAGCAUGUCACGACGGAGCCCGCGGCGGCGACGACGUCCGCGAAGGCAGUGCUGUCUUCAGCGGAACACCCGAGCGAGUCUAAAUCAACAAUAGUGGCGAUGCUUUCUUCAACAUCGUCGUCAUCGAGUGAGGAGGACGAAUCAGUAGAGGAGAGUGAUUGA